CGAUUUCUGAAAACCCGAUUUCCAGAGGUAAUUCGAAUAGAACGUACGUACUUUUUUUUUCGGGUUAAGAAGGUAGGGCCGCAGAGGCAAGGAGGGCAUUUGUGAGCGAGGCCGCUACUUCAGCAGCCAUGGCAUCUGCUGCGCAGCAGAGGUCUCAGGCUAGUGGGUCAAGUUCUGUGGGGUCAAUGGUCGCACAAACCCUGAGUCAGUCCACUGGCGUUAUGGCAAGCCAGCCAAUAGUAUUGACCCCCGAGGAGGUCGCCAUACAGCGAGCAGCUAUUCGCGAGGCACAGCUACAGCAGGCGUUAGGAGAGAUUAAGGCAGAGAAAGAGAAAAUGAUUAGAAGAAGAGCCAAGAUGCAGUGGAGACCAGCGGACGUUAGCAAGUUAGAGGAGAUGGACCUGACGAACAUGGAUGACGAUGUGAGGACCCUACGGAAUCAGUUGGUAGGUGAGGCCAACAUCAAUAAGCACAACUUUCCCUCGUUCAGUAAGAAGGCCCUAGACCUAGAGGCAAAGAUAGGGCAUGGGCAGACACCCACAACGGACGGUAGGAGAAAGACACUGCCUCCCAACUGGAAGGCGAAAGGCCACAUAAUGUUCGUUGACAACGAUGGUUCUACCAUCGAAUUAGAAGUCGAUUUCCAGGCGGGAGUGGGUUCAGAGGCAGGCAACGUAGAGGUUUCACGGGGKGGAACAGUUGCUGCCUCUGUCCAGAAAGGUGAGCUCGAUGAUCUUCGCCGACAACUGAAGGAUCUCAUAGAGAAGGGUUGGAUCCGGCCUAGUGUCUCCCCUUACGGAUCGCCAGUUUUAUUUGCACCGAAGAAGGGGGGGACCUUGAGGAUGUGCAUUGACUAUAGGGGCCUCAAUGCCAUCACAGUGAAGAACGUCGAGCCCCUACCGCGCAUCGACGACUUGUUGGAUCGAGUGCAAGGGUGUUGGUACUUCAGUAAGAUAGAUCUGAAGUCUGAGUACCAUCAGAUUGCAAUACGGCCCGAGGAUCAACACAAAACUGCAUUUCAGACCAGGCUUGGUGAAAGCCUGUCCAUGGACUUCAUGGAUACGCUAGUCACCAGCAAGAGUGGCAUGAGGUACAUCUACGUCAUCGUGGAUAGAUUUAGUAAGUAUGCCAGAUUAGUAGCUAUGCCGGAAACAGCAAAGACCGAGUACGUUAUCAGGCUAUUUAAGGAAAACUGCGUCAGAGACUUUGGCCUGCCGAAGUCUACAAUCAGCGAUAGGGAUGUCCAAUUCACCAGCGAUCUGUGGAAGGCCGCAGCUGCCGAACAAGGAACACAGCUGCAGAUGACAUCUGGAAACCAUCCGGAGGCAAAUGGACAGGCAGAACAGAUGAACCGUGCUGUUCAACACUUGCUGAGGCAUUACAGUAAGCCUGAUCAAGUGGACUGGGAUGAGAAGCUCGCUCUCAUCGCCAGCUUGUACAACAACGCAGUUCAUAGUGCUACGAGA